AUGAGCUUCCCCCACUCCCUCACUCCCCCCUCUCACUUCACCCACCUCCCCUGGUGCGCAUCCCUCCUCUCCGACGCCUCCUGGACGAUCGUGCCAACCUCCUCACGCACCCCCAAACCCUCAACCGAAGACUCCUUCUUCGCGGAAACCCUCCAGUCCCCCCGAACCAUCCGCGGGUGUCUCCCUCAGCACACCGCUCCAGACCCCACCUCCGACCCCCCCAUCCGCGAAGUACGCAUCCUGCUCGACCUCGGCGACGGGCUCAACGGGUACCCACACACCGCGCACGGCGGGCUCGUGGCUACGCUGCUGGAUGAAGCUGUCGGCUUGCUGCUGGCUAUUAAUAUGCGGUUUAGACCCAAGGAGGCGAGGAGCAAGGAGACGGAGACGGGAAUCAACUUCUUUACCGCGUAUCUGAAUAUUAGCUACAAGGCGCCGCUGAUGACGCCGGGAGUGGUGCUGGCGAGGGCGGGGGUGGAGAAGGUAGAGGGGCGGAAGAGGUGGUUUUGGGCUAGGCUGGAGGAUGGGAGGGGGUUGGUGUUUGCGAGUGCGGAGGCGUUGUUUGUGGAGGCGAGGCCGAAGUUGUGA